AUGCCUGGACAGCUCCAUCAAACCCUCUAUGGAUACCAGAUCUUUUUUAUCCUUCUCACGGCGGUUAUUGGACAUGGAGUGUUUGGGUCAAACGGAGCUGCGCUGGCCGCUGCUGGCCCGGGCGGCCUCAUUGUGUCCAUCGCGGUGAUCAGCUGCGUGACUAUCUGCGUGGGAGAAUGUGUCGGUGAAAUGACGCAGCAGUUUCCGAUACCGAAUUCCAUGGUCGCCUAUGUCCAAGCCUUUGUGGACGAGGAUCUAGGGCUGGUGAUCGGACUUUGCUACUGGUAUUCUUAUGCAGCGGCCUUUGCAAUACAGAAUGCAACCGUUGCCACUUUGACUUACUACUGGCGCUCGGGCAACGAGCCAGACCGACAGGCAUGGCAGGCUCUUGCGUUCUACGUUUACUACGGAGUUAUUGAAACCAUCAGCGGGGCUUUAAAGGUAGUCCUCAUCGUGGCGACUUCCAUAUAUCUCUACAUCAUCGCUGCCGAAGGACAUGAUCUUAUCAAAGAUCCAUCUAGCCUUACAUGGUUCACCAAGCCGGACUUCCUCAGUAACAUACCCAAAGCCGUAUGCUUCGCCAUCCCCCUUGUCGCGUACAGCUUCCAGGGAGUCGAGAUAGCAGCCAUGGCUGCGUUCGAAGCACGGGAUGCGCGCGCUCUACGCUGGCCGUCCAAAUGGACCGUCUACGCCGUCGCCUUCUUCUACAUCAUGUGCUCCGUGGGCGAAGCGCUCACGGUCAGCCACGAUGACGCCCAUCUGCGGUCUACAGAUGACAGCAUCUGUACGGGCGAGUCAAGCCCUCCCUUCUCCGCCAGCAUGAUUGUCAUCGCUGCGUGGAAUGCCGGCCAUAAGACGCUCGCGGGCUUCCUCAAUGGCUGUCUCAUGUUUAGUGUCGUUUCCGCAGCCAACACCUCUCUCUACGCGAGCUCCCGCUCCAUGUACGGCCUUGCGCAGCUGAUCAACACUCCGAAUUGGAUCCAGAGGAAGCUCGAAUGGGUUGGUCAUGUGGACAGUAAGACCGGUGUACCGGUUGGCGCCUUGCUCUUGUCCACGUUGGCGUUUUGCUGGAUUCCGUUCCUUCAGUUAGGAUGCAAGCGCGAGCAACUGAUCACGAACAUGUCAAUAUCCACAAGCACCUCCUGCAUGAUCGUCUGGGCCGCUCUCUGCCUGGCCUACCUCCGCUACUACUAUUGGCUCGACAAAUGCGACGACGUCCUACAAAGGGACUAUCCCUCCUUCAGCCGGAACUCUCCCAAAUACACGCCCCGCGUCAACCUACAGCGCUUCCAGCCCAUCCCCGCCUGGAUCGGCCUAAUCGGAUGCCUGCUCUUCUUUGGCUUUUCCAGCGCCGAGUGGUGGGAUCAUCCUGAACGAGCCAAUCCCGGAAACAUCGCCAGCGCCUACGGAGUGGUAAGACCCGCAGUCCGUUCUAUGCUUUCAUGUUUGAGCCGUGUACACUAA